UACCUAAAAGAAGGGAAUGAUGUAAUGGCUGGUGGGAGGAGGCAAAGAGUCCCUUAACACGCACAGAGUUUCCCCUGCCUUUGGACCCUGGAAGAAAGUGAAGUGAAAAGCAGCUGGAAAUGUCCUUUGCAGAAAAACUCCACGCAAAAAAGUCGGACAAAUACCUCUUUCCACAUCUCAUCACUGUCAGCUAACAAGACUGAAAUGGGGUCAGUAGACAUUAUUUUGAUAAAAACAGCCGUUCUUCUGCUUUUCUUUGGGUCCUUCCAAGUAGGCGUGUAAUGCUGUCCCAUUUCUGUUGACUACAUGCACACUAGAAGGAAAAGCAUUGGGAAGAUCAGAUGGGUAGUAUAUGAGACCUGUGGAGGAAUGUGGGUGCUACCAACUGCUUAAUAGACAAUGGUUCGGCGAGGGCUGGUGGCAUGGCUCCCUCGGAUGGUGCUUUUGCUGGUGGUUCUCUGCUGCAUGGUAUCUGUACUGUAUAUGUUGGCCUGCACACCAAGAGGUGACAACCAGCAGCUCAGCUUCCCUAGAGUCAACAGCCCUACAGGCAAAGAGGAGUAUCAAGCUAUCCUACAAGAAAGGGAAGAGCAUCACUGGGACUACAUCAACAGUCUGAAGAGGCAAAUUGCUGAAUUGAAAGAUGAGCUCCAACAGAGGAGCGAGCAGUUGAAGAACAUGCAAGGGCACAAUACCGACUCUCUGGGAGUGGUGGGAAUAGACCAAGUGAAUGCAGAGAAGCCCCAGAAAGCUCUCUUGCAGUUCUUGCAUUCCCAAAUGGACAAAGCGGAGAUAGACACUGGUGUGAAGCUCCCAACUGAGUAUGCCGCAGUACCCUUUGAAAGCUUCACCCUGCAGAAAGUGUACCAACUGGAGAUGGGCCUUACACGUCACCCCGAGGAGAAGCCCGUGCGGAAAGACAAGCGGGAUGAACUGACAGAAGCUAUUGAACUAGGUCUGGAGACUUUAAACAGCCCAGCAAGUAGUAGCGACCCAAACCAUCGGACAUACACUUCCUCUGACUUCAUAGAAGGCAUUCAUCGAACAGAAAGAGAUAAAGGCACCUUGUAUGAACUGACAUUCAAAGGAGACAAAGGAUAUGAAUUCAAGCGAAUUGUUCUUUUCAGGCCGUUUGGCCCCAUCAUGAAAAUUAAGAAUGAAAACCUCAAUAUGGCCCACACCCUCAUCAAUGUCAUAGUCCCACUGGCAAAAAGAGCAAGCAAGUUUCGGCAAUUCAUGGAAAAUUUCAGGGAAAUGGGCAUACAACAAGACAGAAGAAUUCACCUCACCGUAGUUUAUUUUGGGAAAGAUCAAAUGAGUGAAGUCAAAGGAAUUCUGGAAAACACAUCCAGAUCAGCCAACUUCAAGAAUUAUACUUUCAUCCAGCUGAAUGAAGAAUUCUCAAGGGGCAAAGGCCUCGAUGUGGGGGCUCGGUUUUGGAAAGGAAGCAACGUUGUUCUCUUUUUCUGUGAUGUCGAUAUAUACUUCACAGCAGAAUUCCUCAACACAUGCAGGCUGAACACACAACCAGGAAAGAAAGUGUUUUAUCCAGUUCUUUUCAGUCAGUAUAACCCAGGUCUAAUUUAUGGACAUCACAAUUCCAUCCCACCUAUAGAACAACAACUGGUUAUAAGAAAGGAGACUGGAUUUUGGAGGGAUUUUGGUUUUGGAAUGACUUGCCAAUACCGCUCGGAUUAUAUCAACAUUGGAGGAUUUGAUCUUGACAUAAAGGGCUGGGGAGGAGAGGACGUGCAUCUGUAUCGCAAAUACCUCCACAGCAACCUCAUUGUGAUCAGGACUCCUGUUCGUGGACUUUUCCAUCUCUGGCAUGAAAAGCAUUGCUUAGAUGAGCUGACCCCUGAGCAAUACAAGAUGUGCAUUCAAUCCAAAGCCAUGAAUGAAGCUUCCCAUGGCCAACUAGGGAUGCUGGUCUUCAGGCGGGAGAUUGAGGCUCAUCGGCGCAAACAGAAAGCAAGCAACAAAAAGACUUGAAGCCAAAUGGUGUUAAUUCCGAAUUGAAAAAAGAGAACCUCAAAGCCAGACUUAGAACAUUCUGAAUCUUUUUGUUGAUUGCAUUGUUCCAUCUUGAUACCAUCUUAGCCCAUUAUCUGGCUUUCUUUCAACCACAGCAUCAGCCUAGAAGAUAUCUUUUUGUUUUUGCCAAUUUUUGGUUUUGGAAAUACACACAAAAUAGUUUUUCAGCAUGGAAUGACAUAUUACAGUAUUAUAUAAAAUCUUAGGAGCCCCCGGUGGCGCAGUGGGUUAAAGCACUGAGCUGCUGAGCUUGUUGACUGAAAGGUCACAGGUUCGAUUCCGGGGAGAAGCGUGAGCUUCCGCUGUCAGCCCUAGCUUCUGCCAACCUAGCAGUUCGAAAACAUGCAAAUGUGAGUAGAUCAAUAGGUACCGCUCCGGCGGGAAGGUAACAGCGCUCCAUGUAGUCAUGCCGGCCACAUGACCUUGGAGGUGUCUACGGACAACUCUGGCUCUUCAGCUUAGAAAUGGAGAUGAGCACCACACCCCAGAGUCAGACAUGACUGGACUUAAUGUCAGGGGACUACCUUUACCUUUACCUUAUAAAGUCUUACAUUUUAUGAGGUGGAUAUCCAACUACUCAUAAUCAUUGAAAGGUCUUUGUAUAAUAUUUCCGUGAAGGUGUUCAUGGCAACCCUGAUUCAGCCGAGGCCUAAAAUCUGUUUCUAGGUUGCAAACACUCAGUAAUGGCUUAAAUGAGCAUAAUAAUAUGUCAGAUCCAAAUCAAGUACAAUUUUUUUUCUUGCACAUUGCUUGAUAAUGGAUUUCUCUUCUCAAUCGAACUAUUUAGGAUAACUGGGACAUCUUUUGAAGAUGCUGAAAUUUUAUCUUCUGUAAUUAUGGUAUUGAUGAUUCCUGGUGAAAUUUCAGACUUUCUUAUUCUAUCCAAAUCACAAUGCAAGAGACAAUCGGAGUUCAUUACAUGCAGUAGAAUUUCAGGAAGAAAAAAAACAUGCUAGCUAACCAAAAAGUCCAUAUUGUCUGAAUGUUUGUGAGUUAAGUAAAGACAAUGUGU